GUGACGUAUUCCAGUCGUCUGUAUCAUCACACAUAUUCAGUAGGGUGAGAUCACUAAUUUAAGUUGCAAAGGAUAAAUUUUGUUUGUUCUGGAAUCAACAUUGCAGUUCGUGGAACUUUAAACGACUUACAAUGGACGACGACACAAUUUGUAUAAACGUAGGUGGAACAAUAUUUACAACAAAACUAUCAACACUUCAAAAGUAUCCUGACACACUUCUUGGGUCACUUUCUAUCAAAUUAGACUGUUAUAGCAAGGAAGACAAAUCAUUCUACUUCGACCGGAAUCCUGAACUGUUCAACACAAUUCUGGACUACUACAGAAAUGGUGUUCUUCAUCUUCCACAUCAUCUCUGUGGUUGGUUAUGGAAAACUGAAUUGGAAUUUUGGAAGAUCCCUUUAACUGACAUAUCCGAAUGUUGUCAUAAAACUUUAUCAAGUCACAAUAAAAGGGUAGACGUAAGCAAUAUGUUAAAGUCAGUGUUUUCUCCUCUGAACCAAUCAGAAUACGCUUCACCGUCUGGAAUCGGGAAAUUACGCCAUAGACUUUGGCUAUUCCUGGAUGAACCAGCAUCGUCCACUUGGGCUAAAGUUUUCAGUUUCAUAUACUUGAGCAUAGUUUUACUUUCUUCAAGUUUACCAUGCUUGAUAACACAUCCGGGGAUUCGAAUACAAACAUCAAAUGCCACUACAAUAUUCGCGCUAGCAGCGCAUAACAACGUACACAUGUGGAUAAACAAAGAUAAUCCCAAAGAAAUGCAGUUGGCAACAACCAAGGAACCUGAUUGGUUGUAUUAUUGGAGUUUAGUAAUAAGCAUUUUCUUUUCUGUAGAAACAAUACUCCGUCUUGUAAUAUGUUCUACCAAAAACAAGUUUGUAAAAGAGUGGCUCAAUAUUUUGGAUAUUAUAUUGUUCGUCAUAAUGUGGAUAUGUUAUGGUAUUAAACAUGGCUAUGAGAAGAAGCUGCUUUCAAAUAAACAUUUGGCCUACUUCCUUUGUUUUUGUGAAGCAGUAUCUGUGUUGCGUCUCUUUAGAUUUUUCCGACUUGCUAAACAGUACAGUAGCCUGCGGAUAUUGUUUAUAGCUGUGCAAUCGAGCGCGAGAGAGUUGUUGCUACUACUGAUCACAUUUUUUGUCUUCGGUUGGAUGUUUGCAAACUUGAUUUAUUACACAGAAAUUUUAGAGUCAGAAUCGUUCCCAAAUAUGUUAGUCGGAUUUUGGUGGUCAGUUGUAACCAUGACAACUGUCGGUUAUGGAGAUGUUUAUCCUAUUGGUCCAUUAGGGAGAGUAGUUGGGGUUUUAUGUAGUUUAUGUGGAUUGCUGGUGUUGGCCAUGCCAAUAGCGAUCAUUGCGGGUAAUUUUGAUAGUCUUUGCAGACACAAUGAAGAACGUGAGGCGUAUGCUGAAUUACAAAGUAAGCAGACAUCGAACAUUCCUAAAGCAUGGGAGACAUCAAAGAUUGAUCCAAAUUAUCCAAGCAAGUUACUUAAAAAUCACACGUGACUAUACACCUCGAAUCAAAGUCAGUUUCACGGAGAGUGGAAUCUUAAACUUGAGGACGUAUACUAACUACCGUGAUAUACAUUUGUAGUCUGAUUACAGCAACUUGUAUCAGAUUGACGAAAACGCAUAGCACAGUGACAUCUGUACAUAUAUUAAAUUAAACUUGAAAUUAAAAACUACGGAUAUUAUAAUUACAUGUAGAUUGCUGUACAAUUAGG